CACAACAUGGCACCUGCUGGCGGGGGUGUUGUGCCGGCAGCUCUGUCGCUGCUGUACUUAUGCGGAGCUAUUUUAUCCAGCGAGUAUUUCUCCACCUUGACUUUUUUCAACAGCGACCUUCACAAGCACGGCUGCAGCUCUCCGGCCGAGUGGGAGGAGUAUGCGGCGGACUGCGAGUCAGCUAUCCUGCAGUUGGAGGAUCCGGACUGUGAAGAGGGGAGCAACCCGCCCUGCGAGUCCAUCUUUUCACUCAAUGCAGAGAAAAUCCUUAAUCAGGCAAAGUUGUUUGUCGAACAGCGUCGGUUUCCUUUCGCUGUGGAAAACCAAAAUACCAAUGAAGAACUUGCCAUUGGCUAUGUUCUCAUUGAUCAUAUUCUCUAUAUCAUCUUUUCCAGUCAGAAAGCAGUUAUCUAG